CCCGGGCCCAGGCGGGGCGGUCGGCGGAGCUUGGCCUGCGGCCUCGCGGAGCCCCGAGUCGCAGUGGCCCUGGCGGCCCGGGAGGCGGCGGUGGCGGCGGAGUGGUGGCGACAUGGCCGUGUCAUCGGAGGAUGACUUUCAUUACAGUUCAAACUCCACCUACAGAACCGCGAGCAGCUCUCUCCGAGCUGACCAGGAAGCGCUGCUGGAGAAGCUGCUGGACCACCCGUCACCCGGCCUGCAGAGGCCCAAGGACCGCUUCAGUGGUACCUACAUCAUCUUCUUCAGCUUGGGCAUUGGCGGCCUGCUGCCAUGGAAUUUCUUUGUCACUGCCAAGGAGUACUGGAUAUUCAAACUCCACAACUGCUCCAUCCCGGCCACGAGGGAGAAACCUGAGGACUCGGACAUCCUGAACUACUUUGAGAGCUACCUUGCCGUCGCCUCCACUGUGCCGUCCGUGCUGUGCCUCAUGGCGAACUUCCUGCUUGUCAACAGGGUUCCGAUUCAUGUCCGUGUGCUGGCCUCGCUGGUUGUCAUGCUGGCCAUCUUUGUGGUGAUGACCGUGCUGGUGAAGGUGGAUACCUCCUCCUGGACCCAUGGCUUCUUUGCUGUCAUCAUCAUCUGCAUGGUGAUCCUCAGUGGCGCCUCCACCAUCUUCAAUAGCAGUGUCUUGGGCAUGACCGGCUCCUUCCCUAUGAGGAAUUCCCAGGCCCUGAUAUCAGGGGGAGGCAUGGGGGGCACCAUCAGUGCCGUGGCCUCGCUGGUGGACCUGGCGGCGUCCAGCGAUGUGACGGACAGCGCCCUGGCCUUCUUCCUGACUGCAGACGUCUUCCUCAGCCUCUGCAUCGGCCUCUACCUGCUGCUGCCCCGGCUGGAGUACGCCAGGUACUACAUGAAGCCUGUUUGGCCGGCCCACGUCUUUUCUGAUGAAGAGCAGCCACCCCAGGACUGCCCCAAUGCCCCUUUGGUGGCCCCCAGAUCCAGUGACUCCCCAACGCCACCACUCCGCCCCAUCCUGAAGAAGACAGCCAGCCUGGGCUUCUGCGUCAUCUAUCUCUUCUUCAUCACCAGCCUCGUCUUCCCUGCCAUCUCCGCCAACAUCGAGUCCCUCAACAAGGGCUCCGGCUCGCUCUGGACCACCAAGUUCUUCGUGCCCCUCACCACCUUCCUCCUGUACAACUUUGCUGAUCUGUGUGGCCGGCAGAUCACAGCCUGGAUCCAGGUGCCCGGGCCCAGAAGUCAGGUGCUCCCCGGGCUUGCGCUCCUCCGGACCUGCCUCGUCCCCCUCCUCGUGCUCUGCAACUACCAGCCCCGCGUCCACCUGCAGACGGUGGUCUUCCAGUCCGACAUCUACCCGGUGGUCUUCACCUCCCUGCUGGGGCUCAGCAACGGCUACCUCAGCACCCUGCCUCUCAUCUACGGGCCCAAGAUCGUGCCCAGGGAGCUGGCUGAGGCCACGGGGGUGGUCAUGUCCUUUUACCUGUACUUGGGCUUGGUGCUUGGCUCGGCCUUCUCCACCCUGCUCGUGCACCUCAUCUAGGGGGCCGAUGGCAAGAACGUCGAAGCCUGCAGGAUGCUCAGUGAGAUGGGGAGGACCUGCCGGGAGGGUUCAGGCGGCAUGCAGGAAGGGCUGGAGGUGGGCUCAGCGCAGAGAGCACCGCACACUCAGGCCCCAUCUUUCCCAAGGAGCUGGUGACCUGUGCUGUCCCCGUGCCAGACAGAGACAUUCCAGACUCUUUAACAGAAUGCUCCUGAGAUGUUUGAAGAAGACCAAAAGACAUCUUAAGACACAGUUAGACAGUUACGCGGUGGGCUAUCGCUUUCCUGGCUGGUGGUUACGUGCUGCCUUUCCUUCCAGCUUCUUGGGAACUGUGUUGCCAGCAUUCACCUGAGUUGUUACAGGCCAGUGCCACAGCCCACUGCAGGCGGCCUCCCUUCUCACAGCCUUGCUCCUUCCAGCUUACAGCAAGGUGUGAGAAUUCUCAGCCCUCCCUGCCAGAGGGGGUCCCCCUGGAAUGGAAGUCCUCCUGGGAUGGCCAGUCCUCAGGCCUGAGACCCAAGCCUGCACAGAUCCCUGCUUUCUGUGGGUGAGAGAGCACCCACCAACCAGACUGGGAACCCCAGAAAGACAAACUUUCCAGGAACCUUCAUUCCAGAGGGCCUCCCUGUACCAGGGACCAAGCAUGUGAGGCCUGCGUUUUCAGACAGGGGUCAUUAAAGUGGUCUGUGGCCUGAGUCAAGGUGGGGUCUUUUAAGUCCUUGUUUACAACGUGUCAAGGCCAUUGAUUCAAGGGCAUAACAAAUACCUGGGUAUUUAAUGAAAGCCUUACUGGGGCCUUAUUCCUCAAGGUCCUGGCAGGAACCAGCAUACUCAAAUUGGGUAAUUUGAGGCUAUGUGAAGAGUGGAUGUAGGAACCCUAAGGGGUCGGGCAUCGUAUCCCAGAACUAGUAAUGUGACACCAUUCCACCUCAAGCCUGAAGGGCGAGGGGAGGGCCUGCCGGCCUGCUGUGUCCCGCUCCGACCUCCUCCCAGUCCCGGUGGACCGAACCGCGGCCCAGGAGCAGGUGGAGAGGAUGGAGAGCGGGGCAGGGCAGGAGAUGUCCAGAGUGGGGCCAGCAGCCCCUUCACUGUCCUGGCUCAUUUGUCACUAACCCCAGCAGAGCUCUGAAGCUUUGGGCAGCAGAGUUAGGUGCUGCUUUGUCCUGGGUUAUUUUGGGUAGUUGUAUAUGUUGAAGCUGUUAUUUCAAAAGGAGCCCCUCAGGUUCUGUGGCCCCACAUAGUCAUGAUCACUUGACGUGAAUAGUAAGAGAUUUUUUCAGAGUCCUUGAAGGCUUCCACCAGUCUGCACCGUGCGGGAGCGGGCUGGCUUAGGAAUCAGAGAGAGAAAGGAACUAGAUCAGACCAAGAGUUCUUUCUCAAGAGUCGAGCAGAAGGACCAGAGCUUGCCCCCGCGAUGCAGCAAACACGAGAGCUAGAAAUCGGCGCGCCCUCCUCUGAGGUGCGCGGGCUCCACAGCAGCCUGCACACAGCUGAUACACGGAGGCCGUCAGUAAUCCACCCAGUGGCGGCAGCUUAUGCUCCCCACUGACUCAGACUGGUACACAUCCCUCCAGAGAACUGAGGACAACACCCUUGAAAGGUUUCUUGAAACUUGAUACCUAAAAAAUAAAUUAAAAAAAAUUUUUUUAAAUAAAUUCUUCCCUCUCGCCUCCCCUUGGAGGAACCUGAAACCUC